AUUCCUAAAAAAGAAGAAGUAGAGGAAGCGGAAGUUUGUUUACUUUUCAAAAACAAGUCGAGCUGAGCUCAUUAACUGGUUGUGGAUAAUUUAUGAACGUUGGUAACUAAAUGAGGACUUAAUGCUUCAGCUAGAGCUGACAUGUCUCAUUUUAAGGAGUACAUAGACGCUGCGAGUCGUCUAUAUGAGCGCUACACGGACUAUGUGAGGAGGAAUCCAGCUGCCACUGCACAUCUGGAGAGCACCGUGAGGACAGUCUCCUACCUGAUCGCAGAAACAGCAGGUUUAGUCCUGCACGCAGCUGCUUCAAUGUUUACACCUUUCUGUAUUCCAGGGCGGUUUGCAGAUUCUCAUGAGAUUUCUGAACUUGUGUAUUCUGCCUCCAACCUGCUGGUGCUGUUUAAUGACAGCAUUCUGCGCCGAGGACUGAGAUGUUCCCUCACCAAGUCCCUGUCUCAGCAGAGACUACUAAACUGGCUGUCGGUGCUCGAGUACGUGCAGGUUUUCCUGGAAAUGGGAGCCUUCAAGCUGUGGGGGGAAGUCGGCCGUUGGCUGGUGAUUGGACUCAUUCAGAUUUUUAAGACAGUUUUCCGCCUCGUUCUUCUUCUGGUGUAUAAAUCUGGCCUCGGGACUUCACCUCCCAUAAUCCCUCUGGACAGGAGUGCAGAAUGUGUUGGUGAAGCUGAAAGUAACAGUGAGCAGCAGGAGGACUCUUGCUUCGUGGGUCAAAGGUCAGGGCGAGUCAUCAGGCCACUUGGCAGCGCACCGUCUCUCCAGAACCGUCUGUGGGGAGCUCCGGUCCAGAGGAACAGGAGGAGCAGUUUGGCAGAGAACAGUACACCAACAGAACUGGGCCUCCAGGAGACUGUGGCCGAGUCCGUGUACAUCAGCCGGCCUCUCGUUCACCUCCUUUGUCUGGGACUCUGUGGGAAACAGUCCUGGAAGCCGUGGAUCGUCUCUGGAUUCCUGGAACUGUCCAGCUUCGCCGUUCUCAGUGACGCCAGAUUCCAAACCCGGUGGGAGCAGGCUGAGAUGAGGAGGCGGGGCUUCCUGCUGCUGUAUUACCUGCUGCGUUCACCUUUCUAUGAUAAAUACUCUGAGGAGAAAAUCCUAUUCCUGUUGAAACUUCUGGCGGAUCACAUUCCAGGAAUCGGACUCGUGGCCCGUCCUCUGAUGGACUAUCUCCCCACCUGGCAGAAGAUCUACUUCUAUAACUGGGGCUGAACUGGUGACAAACCGGAUCUGUCUGGACCCGGCUGCUCCUCGGAAACCCGACGGCAGCUCUGAGAGACUUUUCUUACCAGAGAUUUUUCUCACAUUCAUUAUUUUUAUAAUCCUGCGACUCGUCGUCGUGGUCCUCCGUGUGUGUGUGUGUUGGAGGCAGUGAGAACUCCAUGGAGCGUUUUGAGCUUUAUUAACAUACUCAACAGGUUCUUUUUUGGUCGCCUACAAUAAAUAUUUCCAUCCUUUCA